GUACUAAGGAGCUGUCCCAGCAACAUGAGUGAAGAAUCUCAGAGAAAUCUCAUACAAGAAAACCUGCUUCAGCUGAGAUGUCACUUUACUUGGGAGUUGGUUAUAGAAGAUGUGGACAUGCCUGACUUAGAAAUGAGAAUCUCCGCUACUGAGUUACCUGACACCAGCAACAGCAUGCUGAUACACACCAGGCUGGCCUAUGUGAGGCACCUGAAAGGCCAGCAUGAGGAAGCCCUGCAGAGCUUGAAAGAAGCAGAAGCCCUGACCCAGAGGGAGCAACUGGACAAGAGAAGCCUGGUGACCUGGGGUAACUGUGCCUGGGUGCAUUAUCUCAUGGACAGCUUGGCAGAAGCCCAGGCCUACCUGGACAAGGUGGAGAACACUUGCAAGGAAUUUUCAAGUCCCUUCCGCUAUAGGAUGGAGUGUGCCGAGAUGGACAGUGAGGAAGGCUGGGCCUUGCUGAAGUGUGGAGGACAGAAUAAUAGACGAGCCAUGGCCUGCUUUGCAAAGGCUCUGAAAGUGGAGCCUGAAAACCCUGACUACAACAAUGGCUAUGCUGUUGCAGCCUAUCGCCAGGAUUUCAAUGACAAUAGUAUUUCUCUGGAACCCCUAAGGAAAGCUGUCAGGUUAAAUCCAGAUGAUCCUUAUCUUAAAGUUCUUUUUCUCCUAAAUCUUCAGAACUUGGGAAAACCAGAUGAAGCAAGAAUGUACAUUGAAGAAGCUCAGGCCAACACAUCCUGCCAACCCUAUGUGUUCGGAUAUCUGGCCAAAUUUUACCUUAAGGAAGGUUUUGUAGAGAGAGCUCUUAGUCUCCUAUACAGGGCCUUGCAGGCAAGACCUUUAUCUGCCUUCUUGCAUUACCAGAUUGGGCUUUGCUAUAAGAAGCAAAUGAUCCAAAUAAAGGAAGCUACAAACAUGCAACCUAGAGGUCAGGAUAGAGAAAUAGCAGAUCAAUUGAUCCGUUUGGCUAUGCUUCACUUUCAAAAGACUUUGGAACUGAGACCCACAUAUGACACAGCUUAUGUUAAUCUGGCUGAAAUGUACAUAGAAACUGGCCAAUCUGGAAAGGCAGAUCACAAUUUUCAGAAAGUGUUGAGCAUGAGGAACCUUGAUGUUACUAUUCUGCAAGAUAUUCAUUUCCGCUAUGGCCGCUUCCAACAGUUUUGUAAGAGAUCAGAAGACAGAGCUAUCACCCAUUAUAUAAAG